CGGGAGCUGCGGCGGCGCCCGGCGCUGCGCGGGCAGGGGCCCGCCCGCGGAGGCCGCGGAGGCCGCAGAGGCCGGCGCGGCCCCCCCGCCCGCGGAGGCCGAGGCCUGCGGCGUGCGGCAGCGCUGCGGGCUCGCAGCGAAAAGAGGGAGCCUCGGGGUCGGAGGAGGAGCGCAGACCACACUCAGCGGGAGCGCUCGCACCGCCUGCCCCGCCGCGGGUGCCAGGCCCAAGUAUAACCAGGCUUUCAGAAAUUGCAGAACCACGGUCGCCAUCGACACUUCUGGCUGUCAGACGCCCCUGGAAUACAGGUGGGGCGUGCAGCAGCCUGCUGCCGCCAAAGGUCGUGGGCCACUGGCGGACGACGGGCAGCAGCCUGCACAUCGACUCAGCACGGAUCGGCGUUUGCCAGGUCGGCCCCACCAUGACCGCGACACCAUGGACAGAAAAAGCUUGAGGUUGGGAGCACCUGGACAUCCAGACAUUUACAUCGCCUGCGCCAGUGGUCGACCGACCGCAGCAAGGCGCGGAUGUGUCCGACACGCAAGGGUGCAACAACAUAUCGACCUGCUGCUGCCGACUGCUUCUUCUCC